GAGGAGGCAGCGAGUGCCCGGAUCGGCCGCAGCCGCCGCCGCCGCCCCGCGCAAUCCGCCGCCAUCCGCCGCGCCCCGCGCCCAUCGCCCCCCCGCACCCGGCUCCGCAGGCACCCCCGGCUCCCCGCCACCACCACAGGCAGAUCGGGAGCGGCGCAGAGAAAUUUCCUUACUAGAUGACAUUUCAUCGCAAUGUCCGAUCGUUUGGGGCAAAUAACCAAGGGAAAGGAUGGGAAAAGCAAGUACUCGACUCUCAGCCUGUUUGAUAAGUAUAAAGGAAAGUCAAUAGAAGCUAUCAGAACUACAGUUAUUCCUAGACAUGGCUUACAGAGUCUUGGGAAAGUUGCUGCUGCCCGGCGCAUGCCACCUCCUGCAAAUUUGCCUAGCUUGAAGUCUGAGAACAAAGGAAACGACCCCAACAUCAUUAUAGUACCCAAGGACGGUACAGGAUGGGCAAACAAGCAGGAUCAGCCAGACCAAAAGAGUUCCAGUGCGACGGCUGCACAGCUGCAGGAGUCGCUGCCGCAGCAGGGUUUGCAGAAAUCUGUCUCCAAUUUACAGAAGCCGACACAGUCAAUCAGUCAGGAGAGUACAAAUUCAGUGCCAGGUGGACCAAAGUCAUGGGCACAGCUGAAUGGAAAGCCAGCAGGACAAGAAGGUGGUUCAAGGGCCUCAAGCCGACUGUUAUCCUUCUCUCCCGAGGAAUUUCCGACGCUGAAAGCAGCUGGCGAGCAGGACAAGGGUGGCAAAGAAAAGGGCGCCUUAGAUCCGUCGUAUGGGCCAGGACCAAGCCUCCGCCCCCAGAAUGUCACCAGUUGGAGGGAGGGCGGUGGGAGGAACAUAACCUCUGCUACAUCUCUGACCGCCUCCCCUGCUGAGCUGGGCAGCAAGACCUCCAGCAGCGGGGACGGAGCCCCCUCCUCGGCGAGCGCCAGCGACCCGAAGGAGCCGUCUCUGCGCCCGGCUCAGCCCGUCCGCAAAGGGGCCUCACAGUUCAUGGGAAACGUCUACCAGCCACCUACAUACCAUGACAUGCUGCCUGCUUUUAUGUGUCCACAACAGCCAUCCGAGCCCCCUGCACCGCUGGACCGAGGGUCUUUCCCUGUUCCUCAGCUUCGCCUUGAGCCCCGGGUACCUUUCAGACAAUUCCAGAUGAAUGACCAGGAUGGAAAAGAGAACAGGCUCAGCCUGUCUCGCCCAACACGUCCGGUUCGGCAGCAAAUAGAGCGAGUGCCCCGGCCCACCAUUAUCAAUGCAGAGAACCUGAAGGGGCUGGAUGAACUGGACAAUGAUGCAGAUGAUGGAUGGGCAGGCAUUCAUGAUGAAGUGGAUUACUCUGAGAAGCUAAAGUUUAGUGAAGACGAAGAAGAGGAAGAAACUCUUAAAGAUGGACGACAGAAGUGGAACAGCUGGGAUCCCAGAAGGCAGCGACAGUUGUCCCUGAGCUCUGCAGACAGUGCAGAUGCCAAGCACACCUUGGAGGAAGGAAAGAAUUGGAGCGAAUCAGUGGGCUUGUCCCGGCCAGUCCGGAAAGUGCAGGAAUCGCAGCAGCCUCCAAGGAAGCUGAACGGCUGGAGUUCUGCAUCGGAAUACCAGAAGCCCGCUCUGGGAAGUGUUCUCAGACAACAGUCCAUCGAGGAUAAAGAAGAAAAGGUGCCCCUGAGACAGAAGUUUGUGCACUCUGAGAUCUCUGAGGCUGUGGAGAGAGCCAGGAGGCGGCGGGAGGAGGAGGAGCGGCGAGCCAGGGAGGAGCGCCUGGCAGCCUGUGCUGCAAAGCUGAAGCAACUUGAUCAGAAAUGCAAACUGGCUCAGAAGAAUGGGGAGACCCAGAAACACACAGAGAACGAAGAGGUGCGACCCCCAAACACAGAGAAGAACACUGUGCAAGAGAAUGGCCAUGCUUUCCGUAAAGCAACCCCUGAGUUUCACACACAGGAUGUGUCUGUUGGCUACCUAGAAGAGGAGACUCCUGCCCCAGCAGCAGCAGCCCAAAGCAGCAGUGAGGAGGAGCUCAGAGAAGCUCCCUCCCCAGCACAAGAAUUCAACAAAUACCAGAAGUCUCUUCCCCCACGAUUCCAGAGGCAGCAGCAGCAACAGCAGCAGGAGCAGCUGUACAAGAUGCAGCACUGGCAGCAGCAAGUGUAUCCUCCCCCAUCCCAUUCCCACCCUCAGCGGACGUUCUACCCGCCGCACCCCCAGAUGCUUGGCUUUGAUCCUCGCUGGAUGAUGAUGCCCUCCUACAUGGACCCUCGCAUGGCCCAGAGUCGCACCCCCGUGGAUUUCUAUCCCUCAGCCCUUCACCCUUCAGGAAUUAUGAAGCCCAUGAUUCAGCAGGACUCCAUUGGUGGGAGCAGCUGUCGGUCUGAAGAUCAGAACUGUCAAGCAGGGCAGGCAGAGAGGAAAACUGCUCCCUUGGAUCCUGUGCCAGUGUGGGGCCAGGACAGCUACACAUCUCUGCAGAGCAAAGGAUACUCCCUGUCACAUCAAAAACAGGCUGACAACAUGAGCAUGGAGGGACUGCAUGCCAGGAAUGACAGUUACUGUGCUGCUGGAAGGCCAGAGAGUCUGAGCACCCAGCGAGAUCUCUUUGAGGAGAGAGGGGAGGAGUAUUUGAAUGCUUUUGACAAGAAGGCCCAAGCAGACUUUGACAGCUGCCUGUCUUCUCAGAGGAUAGGCCAGGAUCUUCUGUUUCAGCAUCAGGAGACUGUGCAGGAAACCUGUCCUGCUGGCGGCCGCCAUGGAAACUUGAGGUGUUCACCCCUCGAGCCUGACUUUAUCCAGGCAGAGAAGAAGCCUGAAUAUAAUGGCUGGGAUAUCAGCCACCACCAGAAACCUGCGGAGACUGCAGCAGAAGUUGCUGAGGAAGUGCCCAGGGAUGAGCAGACGUUCAGUGCUGACCCCUGGAAGAAAGAAGGAGCCAAUACCAAACAGGCCACUGAGGAGACAUCAGAGUGGGCUCCCGAGAACCGCAACACCAGUGGUCAGCACCAGGAGCAAAUGGGGAGGACACGGCGAUCCGGCCCCAUUAAAAAACCAGUCCUGAAAGCCCUCAAGGUUGAAGAGAAGGAGAAGGAGAUGGAGAAGGUUAAACUGGAGGGAGAGGACACCUCACGCCCACUGAAGGAGAAGGCUGCUGUUCAGAAAGUAGAGAAUGAGUCAGAUGACUCUGCAGCUUUGCUGAACUCCACACGUUAUCUGCUGGAUGAUAAAGGUUCUUCCCAAACCAGCCUGGCACGAGAGGCUGAGAAAUCUCAAGAAGAAGAAGAAGAGGAGGAGGAGGAAGAGAAGCCAGAAAGAACCUGGGAGAACAAACUAUCCAGAGAGACUGGUGAUCUCCCGCCCACAAAAAGAAACAACUGGAUCUUCAUUGAUGAGGAACAAGCCUUUGGUGGGAGAGGCCAAGGGCGUGGGCGAGGGAGAGGCUUCAGAGAGUUCACUUUCAGAGGCCGAGGCACUGUUGUGAGCAGCCGAGGAGUCUACAACAACCAGCGGAGCAGCCGAGGGCGAGGGCUCCGGGAGUUCAACCAGCCAGAGGACUUCCCCAGAGGGAAGCCAAGGCGCCGGAUCGCGAGCGAGACGCACAGUGAAGGGUCAGAGUACGAGGAGCUCCCCAAGCGUCGCCGGCAGAGGGGCUCAGAAAACAGUAAUGAAGGCUCUGUGCUGGACAGGGAGGACAGUGAUCUGAAAAAGGGAGACUUCAAAGAGUCUUGGAGGUCCAACAAAAUCUACUCGGAUGAUCACAGUAGCCUGGAUCCUAAGAUGAGGGCUCCGAGAGCGUUCGGGAGGUCGCUGCCACCAAGACUGAGCAACUCUGGCUAUGGGCGAAGGGGUUUCAUGGGUAAGGAGCCCACCCAGUGGCAAGGCAGGAGUGGGGGAGCAGGGUGGCAGGAGUAUAGCCACACCUCUCCAUCGGACACUUUUGGGAGCAGGCAGCAGUCUGACAGGGACUACAUCCAGGAUUCUUACAAACACACGGAUUCCUUCUCCAGCCGGGUUUUUGAUGAGAGUCAUCUGGAUGACAAAAGGCACUUUUUCCAGGAGGAUUACUCAGCAGAUCAGGAGAACAUAGAGAACAGACCGUUCAGGAGGCGCCGCCCCCCCCGCCAAGACAAGCCCCCACGCUUCAGGCGCCUCAGGCAAGAGAGGGAAUCGGUGGGGCAGUGGAACCCCGAGGAGGGAGGCCCCAACCUGCUGCCCAGCCAGUGGCCUGGCAGACCCAAGCUGAGUGCAGAGAAGAGCAGCAUCUCGGGCAGGCGGUCUCCUGAGCUGUCCUACCAGAACUCUUCAGACCAUGCCAACGAGGAGUGGGAGACAGCAUCUGAAAGCAGUGACUUCAGCGAGCGGCGGGAGAGGCGGGAUGGAGUCCCAGAGAGUGAAGGCCAGCUGGAAGGUGGCCUCAGCACCGGGAGCCUGGGAGAGAAGAGGGAACUAGCAAAGAGAAGCUUCUCAAGCCAGAGGCCACUGGUGGACAGGCAGAGCCGCAAGGCUGAGCCAGCAGGGUUUGCAGAGCAGUCUGUCAGGACUGGUGUAGGAGCAGCUUCCAGAUACGAGAGCCAGCAGAACGGGACCCUGAUAAAGAGCAAAAGGUCUCCAGAAGAAGGAGGAGGCCUUGGUAACACCAGUGGUGGGAGCAGCCACUCCAUUUACAGCUUGGAUAGGGGCUCCCAUGCUAACUCAGAGAGUGCUGAGGGGCCAGGUAAAAAGCCAGAGAAGGAGCCCAAAUCCACUGCACAAAGAGCAACUGAGAAGGGAGAGGCCUUGUCACAGUUUGAACUGAGUUAUGGAAGUACCAUCAUCGAUAAUCGGGUGUCAAGCACAGCAGAAGAGAAUGAAGUAGGUUCUAUGGCAGGUGAAGGCUUCAUUGAGGUUCUUACUAAAAAGCAGCGUCGUUUGCUGGAAGAGGAGCGCAGGAAGAAGGAACAGGCCGCUCAGGCACCAGCUAAGGCCCGUGUUCUUCAGUCUCGCAUUCCUCCUCGGUUUGCUAAGAAGCAGAACAGCCUGUGCUUGGAGCAAAGUGAUGUAACAGUGUCUGGAAACAGCCUGGGCACAGAGAUCUGGGAGAGCAACAGCCCAGCUCUUUCUGUUCAGUCUCCUGGCAGUGAUUCCUGGAGCAAGCCUGUAAAUACCUUUAAUGGCACUGAGUCUGGCACCACUGAGCAGGGAUUUAAAGGCAGCCAGGGGGAUAGUGGCAUUGACUUGAGCGCGGAGUCUCGGGAAUCCUCCGCGACCUCCUCUCAGCGCAGCUCUCCAUAUGGCACCCUCAAACCAGAGGAGAUGAAUGGGGCUGGCCUGGUGGACCCAAAGCCUGACUGCCAGAAGGAGCAAGUGCAGAAGCAAUCUGAUAAAAAGGAUUCAGAUCAAGGCUCGGGACAGAACAAGGAACACAAGCCUGGACCAAUCGGCAACGAACGCUCCCUGAAAAACAGAAAGGGUUCGGAGGGAACGGAACGGCUGGAAGGGAAUAUUCCCCCUGUUAAUGGGGUGGAAAUUCAUGUGGAUUCUGUACUUCCUGUGCCACCCAUUGAAUUUGGAGUGAAUCCUAAAGACUCUGACUUCAGCUUGCCACCUGGUUCUGCCUCUGGCACUGCAGCUAACCCUGUCACCAAAUUGCAGGAUGCCUUGGCCAGUAAUGCAGGGUUAACGCAGUCCAUUCCCAUCCUGCGAAGGGAUCAUCACCUCCAGCGCUGCAUCGGCCUGAACCCCAUGUCCUUCCCUACUGCAGACCUUACUCUUAAGAUGGAGUCUGCUCGUAAAGCUUGGGAAAACUCUCCUAGUUUACCAGAACAGAACUCCCCAGGAGGUGCAGGCUCAGGCAUCCAGCCUCCUUCCAGUGUUGGAGCUUCCAAUGGCGUCAGCUACAGUUCUUUUGGUGGAGUUUCUAUGCCUCCCAUGCCUGUGGCAUCCGUAGCACCUUCUGCAUCUAUUCCAGGUAACCAUAUUCCACCCCUGUAUCUGGAUGGCCACGUGUUUGCAAGUCAGCCCCGCCUGGUCCCUCAGACGAUACCUCAGCAGCAAAGCUACCAACAGGCUGCUGCUGCUCAACAGAUUCCCAUUUCCCUCCACACAUCGUUACAGGCCCAAGCUCAGCUUGGGCUGAGGGGUGGUCUGCCUGUUUCCCAGUCCCAGGAGAUGUACAGCUCCAUACAGCCCUUCAGGUCUCAGGUGUAUAUGCACCCCAGUCUGUCUCAGCCCAGCACCAUGGUCCUGACAGGAGGCACUGCUCUGAAGCCUCCAUACUCUGCCUUCCCAGGCAUGCAGCCCUUGGAGGUGGUGAAAACCCAGUCUGGGUCCCCCUAUCAGCCCAUGAACGGAAGCCAGACACUGGUUUAUGAAGGGCAGAUAAACCAGGCUGGUAUGGGAGCCUCCCAGAUGAUGGACUCUCAGCUCACCCAGCUGACAAUGCCUGUGCCUGGCUCUCAGCUCCCUCUGCCCCGCUACGGCUCUGGCCAGCAGCCCCUGCUUCUACCACAGUCCAUCCAGCUUCCUCAGGGGCAAAACCUGCCUGUGGGAGCUCCCCGAAGAAUCCUGCCUCCUGGAUCCCAGCCUUCUGUCCUUGCUGCCAGCAGGGAGUCCUCCCAGAUGGAAAUGAAAGGGUUUCAUUUCUCCGAUGGUAAACAGAGUAUGUCCUCUGGAGGGUCUGUACCAUCACCACAUACCUACAGAAUUUACUCCAUGAAUGUUGUCGACUCUUCGAUUUCCAGGCCUAGCUCUGCCAGCCCAAGCGGGAAGCCGUCGGGACCAGCAGUGAGCAUGGGCUCUGUGCAAGGACACUACGUACAGCAGGCAAAGCAGCGGGUGGAUGAUAACAAAGCCAGUCUGGGAGCAGUGAAGCUGCAAGAAACAGCCUCCCCAAGCCAGAUGAAGCCAGUGCGCACAGGAGCGAUCAAACCUCAGGCAGUCAAAGUGGAGGAGAGCAAGGCCUAGGAGCACCUCUGAUGCCCAGCUGGUCCUGCUGCCUGAGAGGCCCUGCAGCUUAGACUGGACCCCACUGGAUCUCCUGAAAAUCUCACCAGAUCUAUCCCCACCCCACACUGACUGACUACAGCGACAUCAUUCAAGCCCCUCUCCCCAACAAAGCAGUUUGAAACAGUGGAUAUGACAUUGACCUGCUUGCUUUAAAACAAACCAAUCAUGUGACUUUUAAGUGGCUUUAGCCAUUUUUUUUUUUUAUUUCCCCCUCCCCAUGCCCCAUCCACUGGUAGCUGUGAUUGCUCACUUGGCAAAGCCCGUCCUUCUCCUUCCCUACUUCUGUCUCAGCAGAGUGGCAACUGGGGGAGAGGGGUUAGUUUGAGGUUUUUCAUUUUAAAGGCAGCUGAGGUUUUUACAAAAAAGCUGUAUCUUUGUUUAUAGCAGAACUUUUAUAUGUUCUCUCAUUCCCCCCCCUUCUUUCUGCUUUCCUCAUUCCUUUCAGAAAAGAAUUCCCUUCAGCUAAAAUGAUGUUCUGACAAAACUCUGCUUAGUUUUGUAUAUGGUUCUGUGCUACGUUGAGAGUUUGAGUUUGUUUGGGUGUAUUUCCCCAGAUGAUUUAGCCUUUGACUAUUUGAUUAAAAAAACAGGACAGUUACGGCA